AUGAAGACCUCUCUGCUGCUGGUAUCGCUGCUCCUGGCAGUGGUGCUAGGAGAGAAAGAAGAGGGUCACUCCAGAUUCGACACUAAGGCCAGCAGCUCCCAACCUCGAGGCCGCAGGUACGCUGAGGGGACUUUCAUCAGUGACUACAGCAUUGCUAUGGACAAGAUCCGCCAACAAGAUUUUGUGAACUGGCUGCUGGCGCAGAAGGAGAAGAAGAACGCCUGGAAACACAACAUCACCCAGAGGGAGGCCCAGGCCCUAGAGCUGGGCCAUCAAUCUAACAGGAAGAAGGAGACCAGGGAGCAGCAGGGCUCCCAAUCCAAGAACCCCAGUGAUGAAGAUUUGCUAAAGGACUUACUGAUUCAAGAGCUGCUGGCCUGGAUGGUGGAUCAGAUGGAGCUCUGCAGGCUCAGGUGGUGGAGUUUGGUGGCUUUGGGGGUCUAG